GGAAAGUACACACUCUCACGGUGCUGCACUGACCCGAAAACAACAAGACGGCACCACAUCUACCGACAACUGCUCAUGACAUCUUCAUAGGAGCCACACGUUGAGAUACAACAAUGGAGAAACCUCCCUUCAGGCAGAGCCAGAGCUGCGGAGAAUGGGAGCUGAAGGAGCGGCUAGGAAUGGGAGGCUUUGCUCAUGUUUACCUCUACCAGCAUCAUGAAACAAAUGAGAAACUAGCUGUGAAAAUGUGCCGUCUUGAGCUGACACCAAGAAACAAGGACAGAUGGAGCAGAGAAAUCCAGAUCAUGAAAAAGUUAAAUAAUAUCAACGUUGUGACAGCCAGAGAAGUCCCGGAGGAGAUGAUGCACAUAGCCUUAAAUGAUCUUCCGCUGCUGGCCAUGGAGUACUGCUCCAGGGGAGACCUGAGGAAGAUGUUGAGCAAACCUGAAAACUGCUGCGGCUUGAAAGAGAGUGAAGUGCUCUCCUUACUCAAUGAUGUCGGAUCUGGUAUCCAGUAUCUGCACGAAAACAAGAUCAUACACAGAGACCUUAAACCUGAAAACAUAGUGCUGCAAGAUAUUAGCGGAAAGCUGGUUCACAAAAUUAUUGACUUGGGCUACGCUAAAGACCUGGACCAGGGCAGCCUGUGCACCUCCUUUGUUGGCACGCUGCAAUACUUGGCUCCCGAGCUGUUUGAGAAUAAGCCGUACACUGUGACUGUGGACUACUGGAGUUUUGGCACGAUGAUAUUUGAAUGCAGUUGUGGUUUCCGUCCUUUCCUGCACAACCUGCAACCUGUGCAGUGGGCCAGCAAAGUGAGGAAUAAAGGUCCAAAAGACAUCAUGGCUGUAGAGGAACUGAAUGGAGAAGUCAGGUUCUCCACACAUCUCCCUUACCCCAACAACCUCAGCAGGACGCUGUUGGAGCCGAUGGAGGCGCUGCUUCAGCUGAUGUUAAAGUGGGAUCCGGUCCAGAGAGGAGGCAAAGUCAACACAGAAAGCAAGAAGCCGCUGUGCUUUGAAGUGCUGGAACAGAUACUGAGUAUGAAGGUGGUCCACAUCCUGAACAUGACCACAGCACAGGUCCACUCCUUCGAGCUGACACCGGACGAGAGCCUCCACAGUCUGCAGAAACGCAUCGCGGCCGAGACCAAGAUCGACAUUUUGAACCAGGAGCUGCUGCAGGAGACGGGAGUGUCUCUGGACCCCAGGAAACCCGCUGCACAGUGCGUCCUGGAUGGAGUGAGAGGGUGGGACAGCUACAUCGUCUACCUGUUUGAUAAGAGCAUCACUAAGUACUCCGGCCCUUUCAGCGCCAGACAGCUGCCUGAUAAAGUCAACACUAUCGUGCAAGAUGCCAAAACGCAGCUGCCCCUGGUUGUGCUGAAGAAGGUUUGGGGCGAAGCGGUGAGCUACAUCUGCGGCCUGAAGGACGACUACAGCAGGCUUUUCCAAGGACAGAGAGCCGCUAUGUUGAGCCUCCUGCGUUACAACACCAACCUGACCAGGUGUAAAAAUAGCAUGUUCGGCUUCUCACAGCAGCUGAAAGCCAAGCUGGACUUCUUCAAAAGCAGCAUCCAGUACGACCUCGAGAAGUACAGCGAUCAAAUGCACUAUGGGAUAUCUUCUGAAAAGAUGCUGAAAGCCUGGCAGGAGAACGAGGAACGAGCAGCUGCUUUUGCACAGGUGGCGGAGGUGAGCCAUCUGGACGACGAGAUCAUGGCUCUGCACUCGGAGAUCGUUGAACUUCAGAGGAGCCCCUACGCCCGUCGCCAAGGAGACAAGAUGGAGCAGCUAGAAGAAAAGGCGAUUGAGCUCUACAAGCAGCUGAAGAUGAAAUGCAAAACGCCUGAGACAGAUAUGAGCAGCGACAGCUCCGAGAUGGUGAAGGCCAUCAUUCAGACGGUCCAGAAUCAAGACAAGGUCCUCAAAGAUCUGUACACGCACCUCAGUAAGAUCCUGAUAAGCAAACAGAAGAUCAUUGACUUGUUUCCGCGAAUUGAGAAAACCCUCGAGAGCAUCAAGGACGCUGACAACACGGUCAUGCAGAUGCAGAUCAAGAGGCAGAGAGAGUUCUGGCAUUUACUCAAAAUCGCCUGUGCUCAGAACUCGUCACGAAACUCCAUCGCUGCGAGUCCCGAGUCGUCCAACCUGCUGCAGGUCUCUCAGUGGUCACAGUCGGCUCAACCUGUCAGCUCCCCUCAUCCUCUCACCUCUCUACCUGGCCCAAAUGACAGCGACGCCGCCCCGCGCCUGCUGCAGGAGAACCAGAAGUACCUCAGUCAGCUGACCAGUCUGAUGCAGGAGGCGGCGGAUGAACAGGCCAAUAGCAUAGUGGACCAAGACUGGAGCUGGACGAAAUACGAAUCCCAUACGACGAAAUUAAAAAAGCGAAACGCGUAAGCUCCGCUGCGUCCUUCCUCCUCCUCCUCCAUCAUCAUCAUCAUCCUCCCUCCCUGCCUGUGCUCCCAGUAACACUACUAAGGACUGUGAAGCUGUUAAGAGUGUACGAGAGCCAUAAAGCGUUGUACAGGUUGUACAUGGACUCGACUUAUUCUCUUUAAAAAAACAAAAAAAGGAAAGAAAGAAAAAAAAACAACAAAAUGAUUAAAAAAAAAAGAGAGAGACGGCAUUUACGCACAUGCUCAGUUGGUGUCUGUCCGCUCCCUUCGUCUUCAUGGUGGAAAGUUUAAUUUUUCUUUUUUAUAUAUGAGAAAACAAUGAAGCUGUGUCACUCUACUCUUCUUCCUUUUUCUUUUUUUUUGUCUCCUUUUUUUCUCCCCGCACAAUAUUUAAAAAACAACAACAACAAACGAUGCGGAUUUCUACUGUUACUGUUACUGCAAAAAUAUAAAAAAUCGAGCAAACUGUAGCACCGGACUCUCGGAGAAAGGUUUUUUUUGGAUUCAUCACACGGGAGCGAGAGAGUGCCGGACAGGAACAUUGAUGGGAACUCGCUCAACCUCGUGACAUACAAGGAAAACACAGGAAGUGGUUCGGGGGGAGGGGGGGGGGGGGUAAAGGAGGAAAUUACAAUCAAGCAAACAGCACUUUGAUACUCCCAUGUAUCCUUUCUGUAAAGAGUCGCUCCAGGCUGCCAGAACUGUCGUCAUGACGAGGAGACAGAAACUCAUGUUCAAUUUGAUAUAUUUUACUAGUAAUCAUUCUGGGGGUUAGAUAUAUGUAAAUGUUGAUUUUCUUUUUUUUUGUUGUUGUUUUUUUUAAAUAAAUACAUAUACAUAUAUAUAAAUAUAUAAAUAUAUCAUAGGCAGGAG